GUCAACGUCAUGCUGACUCGUUGCAAAGCAGGAAUGGUGAUUGUCACCAACCGUAUGUUUUUACGAAAUGAGGCGCAAGAAACACUGGUGGGAAAACUUGCCCGCCAUUGGGAGAAUACAUUAGGAGAGGUGAAGACAUGGACGAAUUGGAGACUUGUCGCGGAAGCUCGAGCAAGCUUACCGGGAGCUGCUAGUACCCGCCCAUCGGGCAUAUUGAUUCCGAAAGAAAAUAGCUCACUAGCUCAGCCAACGUGGUCCCCUCGAUCUAGUCCCACAUAUCCCGCUCCUUCCGCCACAG